AUGGACAUUGAAGCAUAUUUUGAAAGAAUCAGGUAUACAGACUCUAGGAGAAAAUUGGACUUGGAAACAUUAACUAACAUCCUUCAACACCAGAUCCGAGCCAUUCCCUUUGAGAACCUUAACAUCCAUUGUGGAGAACCGAUGGAGUUGGGCUUAGAGCCCAUUUUUGAUCAAGUUGUGAGGAGGAAGAGAGGUGGAUGGUGUCUCCAGGUCAAUCACCUCCUGUAUUGGGUUCUGACCACAAUGGGAUUUGAGACCACAAUGUUAGGAGGUUAUGUUUAUAGCACUCCAGAUGACAGAUAUAGUAGAAAUAUGAUUCACCUCCUAUUGCAGGUGACCCUUGAUGGCAGGAACUACAUCAUGGAUGCUGGAUUUGGACGCUCCUAUCAGAUAUGGCAGCCCCUGGAGCUAAUUUCUGGGAAGGACCAGCCUCAGAUUCCUUGCAUCUUCCACUUGAGAGAAGAGGGAGGAAUCUGGUACCUGGACCAAAUCAGAAGAGACCAGUACAUUCCAACCAAAGAAUUUAUUGAUUCUGAUCUCCUGGAAAAGAAUACAUACAGAAAAAUCUAUUCUUUUACUCUUGAGCCUCGAACAAUUGAAGAUUUUGAGACUGUGAAUACAUACCUUCAGACAUCUCCAGGAUCUGUGUUUACAAGUAAAUCUUUUUGUUCCUUGCAGACACAGAAAGGGGUUUACUGCCUGGUGGGCUUAACCCUCACUUCUCGAAGAUUCCGUUAUAAGGACAAUAUGGAUCUUCUAGAGUUUACGGCCCUAAAUGAGGAUGAAGUGGAAGAAGUGCUGAAGAAUGUAUUUAAUAUUUCCUUAGAGAAAAAGCUUGUGCCCAAACAUGGUGACCGAUUUUUUACUGUUUAG